CCGCUAAGCCCUGCGCUCGCUCACCUCGGACUCUCUGAGAAGCCGCCCUACUGGACAACCCCGCCCUCCUCUAAGACUGCUGAGCUCCCUCCCCUUCUCCACCUUGAGCGGCCUUCACCUUAGACUCCGCUGAAACCCCGCCCCUUCUCCACAAGCUCCUUAGGAUUCUACAGAGAACCCGCCCUAUUGACCCCGCCCCCUCUGAGGCUGUUCCACUUUUCUGGUUAUCCCCGCUGCCUUCACCUAGAAACAGCUUUUCUUCGUAAGACUCGCAUCUCACCAGACUGUCUCUGAGGCCACGCCCCUUAAGAUAAGCCCCGCCUUUCUCGGGCUCUGCCCCCCUGUUGUGGUUGGCAGAGACUGCGCCUGCGCACGGAAAGCUUGUAUGGUACUUCCCAGCGUCCCUUGCUUGACUGUGUUUGGGUAAGGUAGAGGAGUUGAGGCUCCUGUUGCGGAGUGGGAGCUCUUGCGCUGCGAGGUGCUUCCCGCGUUCCCCAGAAACCAGCGUCCUUCUGUCUGGAGCAUUUCAAUACUUGGAAUCUCCAAAGUAAUAUCUUGUUGACCGCUCGUUCUUGAAUGGCUCAAGGGUCCGGCCUGAUCAUCACAGUCGCCCAACGGGAUUAGAGGAUUAGGACUCUUAGCCCCAAAGUCCAACUGGGAGAAGACAGGGUUGAAGGGCUGACUUCUCAGGACACAGUUGUUCUCAAAGAGAGAAACCAGGAGGAGACAAGAAAUGACCAUUGAACUAAUGAAAGCCAUGUCACAGGAUGUGGUUACAUUCAAAGAUGUCGCAAUAGACUUUUCUCGGGAGGAAUGGGAGUGGCUGAAUCCUUCUCAGAGGACUUUGUACAGGACUGUGGUGCUGGAGAACUAUCAGAACUUAGUUUCAGUGGGAGCUUGCAUUUCCAAACCAUAUCUGAUCUCCUUAUUGGAGCAUUGGAAGGAGCCUUGGGAGGUGAAAGAUGGCGAAUCUCUACAUAAGACACAAGAAUUAUCUCUGAAGCAAUUUGUGUUUGAUGAUGUGUCAGUGGAGAAAAUUACAAGUUUCAGUCAUGAGUGUCCCACUUCUGGAAACAAAUGGAAACAUAAAGACCUUUUUAAUAGACGGAUAAUGAAUCAAGAAAUAUUUAACAUAAAAGAAAUAGUCACUCAUAAAGAAACUCACACUAAAGAAAUAGGCUACAAAAACACCAAAUCUUCAAAAUCUGCCCAUCUGGAUAGUGUAGAAGAGAAUAUUUAUAGUCACAACUCAAAUAAGAAAAGCUUUUCCAAAAAUCUCAAGGUACGAAGAUACAAGAAAAUCUGGUCAGGGAGGAACAUUUUUAAAUGUAACGAAUGCGAGAAAACCUUCACACAUAGCUCAUCUGUUACUGUUCAUCAGAGAAUCCACACUGGUGAAAAACCAUAUAAAUGCACAGUCUGCAGAAAGGCGUUCAAGCAGAGUCACCACCUUGCUCAGCAUCAAAUGACACAUACCCACGAAAAACCCUAUGAGUGUAAGGAAUGUAAGAAAGCCUUUAGCCAGAAUUCAUACCUUAUUGUACAUCAAAGAAUCCAUACUGGAGAAAAACCAUAUAAGUGCAAGGAAUGUACAAAAUCCUUCAGGCAGCCUGCACACCUGGCUCAGCAUCAGAGGAUUCACACUGGGGAGAAACCAUAUCAGUGUAAGGAGUGUGGGAAGGCCUUCAGGGACAGUUCUACCUUUGCUCAACAUCAGAGAUGUCACAAUGACAAACGACCCUUUCAGUGUGUUGAGUGUGGGCAAGCCUUCAGGUACAACAUGUCCCUGACUCGCCACUUUAGGCAUUAUCAUACUGGAGAGAAGCCAUUUGAUUACACUGAUUGUGGGAAAGUCUUCAGUGUUCACAUAGGACUUACCCUGCACAGGAGAAUUCACACCAGAGAGAAACCUUACAAAUGUAGUGUGUGUGGGAAAGCAUUCCGUAGUGGGUCAUCCCUGACUGUACACCACAGGAUUCACACAGGUGAGAAGCCUUACAAGUGUGAUGUAUGUGGGAAAGCCUUUAGCCAUAGCAUGUCACUCACUGGCCAUCAAAGAGUACAUUCUGGAGAGAAACCUUAUAUAUGUAAGGAGUGUGGGAAAGCUUUUUGGCAGAGUAUACAUCUUCUUGUUCAUUCAAGAAUUCAUACUGGAGAAAAACCCUAUGAAUGUAAGGAAUAUGGGAAAGCUUUUAGGGAAAGUUCACACUUGACCACUCAUCAGAGAAAUCACACAGGAGAAAAGCCUUUUGAAUGUAAGCAGUGCGGUAAAUUUUUCAAAAGAAGCACCUGUCUUGCCAGACAUCAGAAACUCCAUACAGGAGAGAAACCUUAUGAGUGUAAUGAAUGUGGUAAAACCUUCACUUAUACUGCCUACCUUAUCAGACAUAAGAGAGUUCAUACUGGAGAGAAACCUUAUACAUGUGCUGAAUGUGGAAAGGCAUUUGGUGAUGGCUCAUCCCGUGCUCACCAUCAGAGACUUCACACGGGUCAGAGGCCUUAUGUCUGUGAUAAAUGUGAAAAGGCCUUCAGAACAAAGUCAUCCCUUAAUUGUCACCAAAGACGUCACACUGGAAAGCUUAAAACUGUAUACCUAGUGGCAAAACCUUAGCUACUGAGAAACCUUUACCAUUUAUCAGUGACUCUAACUUUCAACAAGAUUGUUCACUUUAUUCUACGAGGAGUUGUAAGGAAUGUGGAAAAGUCUUCAGCAGUGUUCUUAAACCAUCCAUCCUUGGUGAGUUCUCCAUGCAGUCUCAUCUCAGGCAUUCCCCUGUGUCUAUACCUGCUAAGUAUUUCCAUUUAUUUUUCUUCCCAUUAGCCUGAUCCAAAACACAAUUAUUUUACUUGGUGCCUGUAAUUGGUCAUGUUUCCUUCAAGUUUAUUAUUCAUUUUACAGUCAGGGAAACUUUUAAGACUAUAAAUGUUCUUUAUAUGCCUCUUAUAA